AUGUCGACGGACGUUUCAACUACUGGUGUAGAAAUUGACCACCUUAAACACGAGAUUGAACCUAAAGUAGCCGAAAAAAAAGUGACUACUAGUGGUGUAAAAUCGUUCCUUGCGGGAGGGUUUGGAGGAAUAUCAGCUGUACUCGUUGGGCAUCCAUUUGACUUGGUCAAGGUACGAUUACAAACUGCACCUGAAGGGACCUACAAUGGUACGGUUGAUGUUGUAAAAAAAACGAUCGCAAAGGAUGGACUACGUGGUUUAUAUCGUGGUAUGGGACCUCCACUAGCUGGUAUAACACCGAUUUUCGCAAUAAGUUUUUGGUCUUAUAACCUUAGUAAACAAAUUGUGUACGCACUUACACCAAAUCGCAAAUCACAAGAGCUCAGUAUAUUGGAAUAUACGAUUGCCGGUGGUUUAUCCGCGGGUCCAACCACAUUAGUAAUGGCACCAGUUGAAAGGAUUAAAGUGAUAUUACAAAUUCAAGGUCAAGGUGGUGAAGUUAAAUAUAAAGGACCACUCGAUGUAAUACGUCAUCUUUAUAAGGAAGGUGGUUUACGUAGUAUUUUUCGCGGAACUGGCGCUACGUUGCUCCGAGAUGGUCCAGGAUCAGCUGCCUAUUUCGGAGCUUAUGAGCUUACAAAAAGACUUUUAACACCUCCUGACUCAACAUUGAAUCCUGCUGCGGUCUUAUUUGCUGGUGGUAUGGCUGGUGUUGCAAUGUGGACAAUUGCUAUUCCACCAGAUGUUAUUAAGUCGCGUCUUCAGUCUGCUCCUUCUGGUCAAUAUAAAGGCUCUAUGGAUGUGUUACGUCACUUGCUUAAGACGGAUGGACCAUCCGCUUUAUUUAAGGGUAUUGGUCCUGCGUUAUUAAGAGCUUUCCCUGCAAAUGCCGCGGCUUUUAUGGGAUACGAAGCUAGCUUAAAAAUGAUGAAUGCAUUAUGGUAG